ACAUCAGUUUGUUUCUACAAUCAUCCCAGCCAAGAUGUCUUCCAACAAGUCAAGUAUCCUGCUUCUAGUGGCCUGCUGUCUGGUGGCUUUUGUGUCUGCCUACCCACAGCCAUAUCCCGAGGAGUAUCUGAUGGAUGAACCCGCAGAGGAGUAUCUUACGACUGAACACGCUGAGCUCCUGUUGGCCGAACCCGAGGACUUUCUAGUGGCCGAACCCGAGGAGCUUUUGGUUCGUCGUGCUCGUUCCCCGGAAGGUGGCUCCGUGGUGCUGACCGCCAGCAAGGACAACCAGGUGGGACGCGAGGCCAGUGUCCAGUAUAACCACAAUCUCUACACCAGCCGGGAUGGACGUGGCUCUAUCGAUGCCUAUGCCCAGGCCAGUCGGAAUUUCGACUACAAUCGCAACAACUAUGGCGGUGGCGUUCAGGCAUCUUGGCGCUUCUAAAAAGGGAAUGUAUUACAUUUUGAAGUAUUAAAACAACUCAGCCAUGAUUCAUUUAAAUAAAGAAAAAAGUUAUAGCCAAA